AGUGUCGUAAUAGUUUCAGUCAUUAUAUUUCGUACCAAAUUCGUUGUGUAUGUUUUCUUUUCCGUCCUCGAUUACUGCAAGAAAUUCCAGGAUUUGAUGGGAUCGCACCUGGAGGUGUUCUACCAGCCGGGUGAUCAGGCCGAGGAUUUCCAAUCCCAGGCCGAAGAUCUCCAGCUGGAAGAUGCGGAGACGCAGCGCGGCAGUGGUGGAUCGAAUCGUCACGCCGAGGAGCGCUCCUGCUGGAUUUGCUUCGCCGGCGAGGAGGACAACCGGCGGGCCAAGUGGGUGCAGCCUUGCCGCUGCCGGGGGGCCACCAAGUGGGUGCACCAGAGCUGCCUGUACCGGUGGAUCGACGAGAAGCAGCGCGGCAACCACCGGCGCUCGGUGAGCUGCGCCCAAUGCCAGACGGAGUACAUCAUCGUCUUUCCGCGGAUGAAUCUCCUGGCCGGUGCACUGGAGUUCCUGGACCUGGCGGUGCGCAGGACGUGUCCCUAUGUGGCGGCCGGUAUGUUCAUGUGCUGUGUCUACUGGACGGCCAUCACGUAUGGCGCCAUUACCGUCAUCCAGGUGCUGGGCCAGAAACGCGGCCUGGAGCUCAUGGAGAACGAGGUCUUUCUGCUGGUGGGCCUGCCCUUCAUUCCGGUGGGUUUGGUCCUCUCGCGCCUCGUUCGCUGGGAGGAUGCCGUCCUGAAGGCGAUGCGCAGCCGGUACAACAUCCUGCGCAAGCUGCCCUUCUUCCACUGGGCCGGGGAACCGGAACUGGGGGGUGGGAGUGGACUCAGCGACAGUUCGAGCAGCCUGCCACCCCUCCAAAAUUCGCCGGCCAUGACCGAACCCCUCUACAUCUCGCGGCUCUUCUGCGGCGCCGUCUUCCUGCCCACCGUGGCCACGGCGAUGGGUAAUGUGUUCUUCGCCAGCCUCGACGAUCCCCUGCAGCGCACCCUCCUGGGUGGAUUUACGUACAUCGGGGUGAAGGGUCUGCUGAAGAUCUAUCUGCGGCAGAAGCUCUAUGUCCGCCGGCGGCGCCGUCGCAUUGUGAACUAUACGGAUGAGAAUGUGAGGAUUUAUAUGGGUGGCCAGAUUCGGGAGGCACCGCCCCAGGGUGCCCAGAAUCCCCAGAAUUUCCAGAAUCCUAAUGCCAGGCAAUUUGCCGGGAACGAUGAGCACUACGAGGACAGCUCCAGUGCGGUCACCACGGACUCCGAGGGUGGUGACCCCGACAGGGAGCACAUUCAGGGCGUACUGCACACGGCAGAUCCACCACUGGAUUAGUCAUAUAUGUAUCAUUGAAAAUAGAUUGCAAUCCGUGAACCAGAGAAUUGUAUACCUUAACCAGAGGUAAUAUAAUAAAAUAAUAAAAGCGGC